UGCGGGUGCGCGUCGGGGUGCACACCGGGCUGUGCGACAUCCGGCGCGACGAGGUGACGAAGGGGUACGACUACUACGGCGACACGGCGAACGUGGCGGCGCGCACGGAGGCCGUGGGGAACGGCGGGCAGGUGCUGCUGACGCGUGCGGCGUACAUGGCGCUGGGCACGACCGAGCGGGAGCAGUUGGAGGUGACGGCGCUGGGCGCGGUGGCGCUGCGCGGGGUGCCGAGGCCGGUGGAGAUGUACCAGCUGGACGCCGUCCCCGGGCGCACCUUCGCCGCGCUGCGGCUGGACCGCGAGGUGGCGGAUCUUGAGGUGGAUGGCGAGGAUACGCCAAGCAGCGGCGAAGAGACCUCCGCGUCCACUGCUCAAAAUGGCCCCGCGCAAGCCAUUUUGUCCGUGAUGGAUGUGAUGUUUGGUAUUUUUGCGACCCCGCGGCGGCUGAAGGUGCUGCGUCCUAUCUGCGAGCGUUGGAGGGUCGACGCGCCGCGUGGGGCCGAAGCCGCACGUGAGGAGGAGGCCUGCCGCGUGGCGAUGGAACGGCUGGCAGAAAAAAUGGGGCGCGUGAUGCAGAAACGUGCCAGUAAAACUUCAGUUGAAGGCGAAUCGCGUAAAACAACUGUGCCGCUCUUGUCCUUCUCCCACAGCCUCCAUGGACUUCAAUUACUAAACUCAGCUUUCGAGGGAAGCGGGCGGCACGGCCGGCGCCACUCACGCGUCACCCUCAGCCGAGCGUCAUCAGCCGCAGCACAGACAGUUUCCUGGGAAAGGGAGGAACCAGAUAACACCAUCCACGCACCUCGCCCCGCGUAA